CCGCUGACGCAGGCGCACCUUUGUCGACCCCUCUGAGGCGCUCAUUGGCUCCGCUGCCGCGGUGUCCCUCCUUCCGGAAGUGCGGACAUUUCCACUUGGCGUCGUGGUCGCGGCAGCAUAGGAGCUCAAGCCUGGGACGAUGGUGUGUAUUCCAUGUAUCGUCAUUCCAAUUCUCCUCUGGGUCUACAAAAAAUUCCUGGAGCCAUACAUAUACCCUCUGGUUUCCCCUUUUGUUAGUCGUGUAUGGCCUAGAAAAGCUGUACAAGAAUCCAGUGAUCAAAAUAAAGGCAAAGGAGACCAUAAGGGUGCAGACAUAAAUGGAUUACCAACGAAAGGACCAACAGAAAUCUCGGAUAAAAAGAAAGACUAAAGCAGUUUUUCCAGAGGAGAAAAAAAAAAGAGUAGCUGCUGAGGCUGCAUAUGUAUUGUUUUAAAAAUGGACCUGAUAAUAUGAAGCACCUUUAUAAGUGUCUCUGACCUUUUUUCUCUGAAACCAGAAUUCAGGAUAGUUUAGAUGUUUACCUGAUACUAAUCAGGAAAUACAUAGUAUUUAUAUUUAAAAGGUAUUUAGUUAACACUUAAUGACUUCAUUCCUGAGUUCCUUUUUCAUUGAAGUAGCUUUCAUUUUUAAUAUUGCAGUUUUAAUAAUAUGAAUAAGUAGAAGGUUUAUGCUAGUAGAUACUCUGUCACCGAAUCAGUAGUUAAAAUCCUUGGGCCACUAGCUUUCAUUCAUGUGGAUUUGAUUGCUGUUUGCUCUCAGUUCUUUGGGCUCAUCUCAUUUGGAUGGAGUACAGUUUUACUGUGAAGCUGGGGAGGGAAAUGAAGAAUAGCAUUUUUUGGAGCCGAUAAUGACUUGAAACACAAAGAUAGAAUUACUGGCCUGUACGCAGCUUAUUGAUGAGAGUAGUAAUCACUUUCUUGCUCUGAGGAGGAUAGAAAGAGAGAGAAAUAGGGAAACGUCUUUGAAAAGUGAAAUGUCUUUUUGCAUAAAUGUCUAAUGUAUAUUAUAAAAUUCUAAUCUUUGCAUUCCUUUUAUUUUCAUAAAUGUAUUAAAUAUUCAG